CGUUGAUAAAAAAAAGGAAAUACAACUGUCAACGCGAUACGUCCGUCGUCGUGAUCGUCGACUAACAUUGAACAUUUUCGUUCGUCCGUUAGUCGAAUACUUCAUGAAUAUUGAAUAAAUUCAAUUUUACCAUCAGACAACUGAACACUCGAUCCUUAUUCACACCGAUGACAGCUGUGGUCGCAUUUAUCGUUUUUGCCGUGGCCAGAUGACAACGACGGACGUCUUCUUCCCGAACGCGAUGACUAGGACAACGUAAGACCGACCGACUACCCAAGACACCGAACCCGCUGGUAGACGAAAUAAUGUCGUACGAACAGACUGCUUGCGAUGAUCUUAAAGCUUUUGAACGGCGACUAACCGAGGUGAUAGCUUCCAUCAAGCCAAUAACUAAUCGAUGGCGAACAAUUUUAGCUAUUUCAACAUUAAGCGCUUCAAUAGGUGCCUAUUACUGGUUGACAGAUCCACAAACAGCUAAAGUAUCAUUUGUUCAAUCACUGUACAAUCAUUUAUUGUUCACCAUUUCUUCCAUAAUGCUUAUGAUAUUACUUUUAACUGGAGUACACAAAAAAGUGAUAGCAACAUCAAUAAUAACGUCUCGUGCGAGGCUAGUGCUAGCCGAUUUUAAUAUGUCUUGUGAUGAUUCUGGAAAACUAAUACUUAGACCUAGGCCACAACAAAACACAUGAUGAUAAAUUCACAAUAACCCCCAUGUUUUAUUUAUUUUGUUUUUACUUUGUCAGUUUAAGCGUUGCAUAAUAAUUGUUCAUGAAUGACUGACAUCCUAUUGUAACGAGUAAGAUCUAUCAUUCUGAAUUUUAAUGUGCCUAAAUUUGGGUGUUACUGUUAAACAGGUUUGUAUUUGAUGUGUUUCAAUAAAAUGUGUUUAUGUACAUAAUAUAAUUAUUAUUUACAUA